GCCCGGCCAUGUUUCUGAAACACAAACAACAAGAGAGUAGCGAAGCGGACUAGACAUCAAUACGCAGCGACCGUAGGAGGAGAGGAGUGAAAUAAUAAAUAAAAUACUGAGCACGACUUCAGGAUCAGUACAAUUCUGUUGGAGGAGAACGUUUACAUGAAUACAGGACAAACCAAUGUACACAAAUGAAUAGUAAAGAUUGUAGCUAAAUAAAUACAGCGUGUUUGUUAAAUAAACAUCGCCUCAGAAAAAAAAGUGGUUUGAAGGGAGGAGGACAGGAGCCAGAGGAGUUACCUGGAGGGUCUUGGUCCAGUCACGUUUCAGUUGGAGUGACAGAACAACGAACAAAACGAGUUAGAAAGAGGGAGAGAAGGAGCGAGUGUAUCUGCUCCUGCCUGCUGUUCCAGUGGCCUCUUCUGCUUUGGUGUCGGCCUGUCGUUUUGUUUUUCUUUCUUCUUUUUUCUCUCUGUCCUGCGUUCGAGUGAUCGUUUUUUUUUUUUACGUCGCAAUCAUAGCCGUUGCUAACGAGAUUGUUAUAUUUCGUUUGGGCGUUGGAUUCCAAGACACUUUUGAGGUUUUUUAUUUUUAUGAAGACGUUCUUCAGCUGUGAGCAGAGGUCUUUCCUGCCUCGGGAGUUCUUCUCGCACCACACACACACUCACUCACACUCGCACACACACACCUGAAACUGGCAGCUAUCUUUCUUCCUACCAGUGUGUUUGUGGAGCUCUGUGAGCACAGCUACAGCACCACUCAGCCUUCUACUCACCAACGCCUAUCUUCACCAGCCCUAGCCUGGUCCAGCCCAGUCCAGCCUGGUCCUCUCACCUGGACAGGAUACUCAGUUCUGUGAGGACUUGAGGAAUAUGACUGCUGAGACUCUUAACUUCGGCCCAGAAUGGCUCCGUGCACUGUCCAGUGGGGGGAGUGUGACGUCCCCCCCCCCCUCCCCCGCCAUGCCAAAGUACAAGCUGGCCGAGUACCGCUACGGCCGAGAGGAGAUGUUAGCACUUUAUAUCAAAGACGACACGGUCCCAGAGGACAUGCAGGAUCAGGAGUUUGCUGCUAUUCUCCAAGAUGAGCCAACCCAGCCUCUGGCUCUGGUGCCUCUCACUGAGGAGGAGCAGAGGAACUUCUCCAUGUCUGUGAACAGCGUGGCCGUGCUGAGGCUCAUGGGAAAAGGAGGCGGGGCGGCGGCGCCCGCGGGCGUGGCCAGAGGCCGCGGCACCACCAGGGGCCGAGGACGCGGCCGUGGAGAAGGUGGAUUCUACCAAAGAAGUAUUGAGGAGGCAGAGGUGGGCUUUGGCCGCGGCGCCAGAGAGAUCCACCGCUCCCAGAGCUGGGACGACAGGGGCGAGAGACGCUUUGAUAAGCCGAGCGUGCGCGGGGGUCGCGAGGCCGUGCGCGUGAGCUUUGAGGAGGCGGGGCCAGCGGCCGCCAGGAAGGAGUACACGCGCUCCGACAGCGAUAACUGGCGCAUCCUGCGGGAGGAGCAGGAGGAGGAGGAGGCCGCCGCCGCCGCCAACGACCCCGGGGGCAGCUGGAGGCUGGCCGGCGUCCGCAGAGAUGACGGGGGUCCGCGCUCGGCAGGGUGGAGGGAACACGUGGGUCCUGGGGAGGGCCGGCGCAGGAAGUUUGACUUUGACUUCCGGGAGGCAGGCGAGGGGGGCCGGCGGCGCAGCGAGGGCCCGGAGGACGACCGGGACGGCCUGCCCGAGUGGUGCACCGACGAGGAGGACGGGGAGAUGGGCACCUUCGACGCCUCCGGGGCCUUCCUGCCCAUCUCCAAGGGAGGCAAGGAGUCCAUGCUGGAUCUGGAGUUCCAGGGCAUAGAGGAGGAGGAAGGCAGGGAGGAGGAGGAGGGAGGGGGGGAGGAGGAGGAGUUUACAGCAGACAUGGAGAGGAACGGAAGCACAGGGGGCGACAGGGACAAGGAGAUCAGAGAGGUUGUAUCCAGCCUGAGUGACGGCGAAGGGAAGCCCCCGUCGUUGCCCCCCUCCACCUCUCCCCCCGCCCUCUCGGCCCCCCCCGCCCUGGGCCUGAAGAGCGGGCCCCCCCUCGCUGGCCUGGAGCCCUCCCCGCUGGCCAACAGCCACUCAGCCAAGGCCUGCCCCAUGCCAAGUAAAGAGGAUGAGCCAGCAGGGGGUCCCACCCGGGCCAGCCCCCGCUCCUCCUGCUGCCUGCCUCCCCCCCCUCCCUCCUCCUCCUCAGCUGCUAGGGCCCUCCCUCCCCUGGGGGGCGACACCGAGGACGACGAGGGCAUGAAGCACCUGCAGCAGGAGGCGGAGCGUAUGGUGGCGUCCCUGCAGGACUCGUCCCUGGAGGAGGAGUGCUUCACUCAGGCCCUGCAGCAGGACAGCGGCAGGAACACGGCGGCCGCUCUGCCCCUCUCCCACGACGCCGCCAUGAAGUGGUUCUACAAGGACCCCCAGGCCGAGAUCCAGGGUCCGUUCACCACCCUGGAGAUGUGUGAGUGGUUCCAGGCGGGCUACUUCACCAUGACCCUGCUGGUGAAGCGAGGCUGUGACGAGGGCUUCCAGCCCCUGGGCGACGUCAUCAAGAUGUGGGGGCGCGUGCCUUUCGCCCCGGGCCCCUCUCCCCCGCCCCUGCUGGUCAGGCCCCCGCCGCCACGCCCUCUGCCCGCACGCGGCCCCGCGUCCCCCCUGGACCAGGAGCGUCUGAAGAAGCAGCAGGAGCUGUCAGCAGCAGCCUCUCUCUACCAGCAGCUGCAGCAGCAGCAGCUGUUCCAGCUCAUCAACAGGUGCGGAGACCAGGGUAUGAUGCCUUUGAUGAACAGGUCGAUGUCAGUGCCAGAUACAGGGUCCAUGUGGGACAUGCAUACCUCAGCUUCACAGCAGUCAGGCGGUGAAGCCAGUUUGUGGGACUUAACAAUGAAUUCUUCAACUCAGGGUCCAACUCUGGAACAGCUUCAGAAGCUCCAGCAGGAGAGGAGAGAGGCUGAACUCAGGUCGAAGCGCGAGGAGGAGGAGCAGCGCAAGCGUCGGGAGGAGAAGAGGAGGCAGCAGGAGGAGCAGAAGAUAAGGGAGGAGGAGGAGCUCUUCAGACGCAAACAGUGUCGGCAGCAGCAGGAGCUGAUCAUGAAACUGCUCCAGCAGGCCCCCCAGCAGGCCGGGGGAGGAGCAGGGGGCUCAGGCUGGAGCGGGGGGCCCACCUCCGGGCUUGCCAAGCAGGGCAAGGGCCUCAGUCUGCUGGACCUCCAGCAGCAGGAGGCUGAACGGCUCCUCAAGCAGCAGCAGAGGGUGCAGCAGCAACAGAGAGACCGACACCCUGGCUUGUCGAUGGGGGGCUCGUCCCUGGGGGGCCAGUGGGGGGAGGGCAGCGUGGGGAGCCUGUGGAGCGGGGGAGUGCUGGAGGGCAAGGCGGGGGGCUCCGGGGGCAUGGGGCUCUGGGACGAGGCGGUGAAGAACCAGAGCAGCAUGAGGAGCGGAGGCCUGGGCAUGAAAAACAGCCGCAGCAGCCCCUCACUCAGUGAGCAGUACAUGCUGCGGAGGAAGCGCACGGAGGAGGAGGACAAGCUGCUGAAGCUGCUGCAGGGCAUCAAGCAGCCUCAGGACGGCUUCACCACCUGGUGUGAGCAGAUGCUGCACGCCCUCAACACCUCCGCCAACAACUCCUCCUCAGCCCUGGACGUGGCCACCAUCGUGGCCUACCUGAAGGAGGUGGAGUCUCCCUACGAGGUGCUGGACUUCAUCCGCUCCUACCUGGGCGACACCAUGGAAGCCAAAGCGUUUGCCAAGCAGUUCCUGGAGCGCCGUGCCAAACAGAAAGCCAACCACCAGAGACAGCAGCAGCAGCUGUCAAAGGAAGUGGCAGGGCUGAACAUGAACUUCCCUCUGCAGGACUCUAUGCGUGGGGUGAACCCGGCAGCGCUGCAGUCCAUGUUCCAGGCUGCCCAGAUGGGUAAGGGCGGGGUCUACGACUCCCAGGGGGGCAAGAUGAAGAAGAAACAGCCCGUGAUACUGCACUCUGACCCCAGCAUCCUAGGGUACUCAUUCCAUAACGCCGGGGAGCGUCUGAGCCUGAAUGAGAUGGAGAUGGUGGAGGAUUACUGAAGCAGCAGCAGCAGCAGCAGCAGCAGCAGCAGCAGCAGCAGCAGCAAUAGCUACCUGAGGCCUUCUGUCUACUAAUGAGACAACCUGAUGACGAAUGUGCACUGUCGGGGGACGGGGGGGAGGGAGGGGGUGUGGAGGGAGAGAGCAGCAUGGGUGUUGGGGAGAUGGGUGGGGGGAGCCCGGGCGAGGCAAGGAUGUAGAGGUGGAAUUUGUAUCCCUCCUCUCUCCUUUGCCAUGGUAACGGCCCCCCCCCCACCUUAUCCUCGUCUAAUCGGUCACUUGUGGGAGGAGAGUUUAGGGGGCGAAGGGAGGCAUCCUCUGGCACUUAAACAGAAUAAGCACCUUAAACUCAAACUAAUGCACUUUAUUGAGAUGGGAUUUGAAUAGGGUUGUUUCUUAUUUUAUUUGUUCCUUUAUUUGGGUGUCGAACACAGAAUCAGUGCCCAGGUGGUAUAUGUGUGUAUCACAUCUACACAACAUACUGCGGGGGCACACUGCGUGUAUGAAUCAGAACUGGAAGGUUGAGGUGGUUGGUUGCUUGGUGGAAGUGACGAGGUGUUUUUGUUUUUAGCAAAGUCAGGGGGACCUUUAUUUUGAAAGACCUUAUCAGAAAACAAAUCCUUUCUUGAAAGACAAACACUGUUGAUGUUUUUUUGUUUGUUUGUUUGUUUAGCCUUUUUUAUAAAGAAAGACAUUUAUAUAAAAAGUAAAGCUAUAAAAAAAAAUAUAAUAAAAACUUGAAGAUUUGCACUUGCGUUUAAAAAAGAAAGAAAAUUACAACAAAAAAUUUCAACGAAUGGGGUUAGAUAUUGAGAUUAAUAUUUUUGUGAAUGUGUGUGUGUGUUGAAUAAGUGAAUGUGUGUAAGAGUUUGUGUGUCAGCGGGCAGGUGUACAUCAGUAACAUGCCUGUCUGCACUAUGGUUUUCUUCAAUGCUUACCAAGAUGUAUGAAACAUAAGAGGUCAUUUUUUCUCUUUUUGUUUAAAUGAUAAUUUUGUAAUUUCAUGAGUAGAAUGUGUACCUCUUGUUAAAGGGGGACUUUCUUUUGUAUCCAUGUUUGACUGUGUGUCUAAACGUGUGUUUAGAGUGUGAAUGAGCAUAAGAGAGUGAUAGAGAGAAAGAGAGAGGGCAGGCAAUCGCACAACGCAUCCUUUAUCUCACCAGCUUUUCAUCCCCAGGUAAAUUAAACAGAGAAUCAGACAUUUGUAAUUAGUAGCUAUGCUCCCUGUCAUGGGACAUGGGUUCACCCUCACUGUUUGUUGAUUGGUUGUCUGGAUGGAGGGGCGUGGCCUCCUACCCAGCUCAUCAUCUCCCCGCUGGCCUCGUGUCUGGACCUCCAUGAGGCUGACGAGGCCAGGGCGUGGGGCAAACCUCCAUGAGCGUGUGUGUGAGUGUGUGUGUUGCUGGUCUUAGAGGUGAGUGAUCACUACAGGUACUCAUCAGUGCGUGUGUAUGUGUAUGAAUGCACAAUAGUGCCUAAGGACUUUGAAAAAUAGCGCAAACGGCCAUUGAGACAUUAUCUUGAGGUUGAGAGUGAGUGAGAGACCAGAUACUAUUUCUAGUUGAUCCUGGGGAUGGUUCAUUGUAAGAUUAGUCCAUUUAUUUUUAUUUUUUUCUGGGGUGUGAUCACGUUGCCUUUAGUCACCUCUCAAACUCGUGAAUGAAAGGUUUUGAGUUCAAGACUCAAACUAUUAGCAUCCAACUGUGCAAGUGUACAGGAAGGUGCACAAAAUGUUUGUAUGUCGUGUUACCUAUAUUCAUUGUUGCUGUUGAUGACUUUCAUUUUUUAUAUAUAUAAAUAUUAAUGAAAAUAUAUAUGAAUAUAUACAUUAUAUACAAAGUUUAAAAAAAAGUAUUUGAACUAAGAUUAUGUUGAGCACUUGGGGCUGCUAUUUCUGUUCAUUUUAAUCUUUAAUUUUUCCUUAAUUUUGUUUUUCAUUAUCGCCAUGUGAAGUGCGUUUGUAUUAUUUCUUUCUUAAGAAAAGAUUGAAUGUAUUCCAAAAAAACACAAGAACCGUGCUGAUAACAGAUUAUUAUUUUUUUCCUUCUUAAAAUGUCAAAAGAUUUAAACAAGCAAAAAAGAAAAAAAAAUGAUGAGUCGAGACAUGUCUUUUUUUUUUUUCUACACAAAGGAGAGAAAAAAAGUAUCUCUUGGAUUGAUACAGUUAAACCCACUGCCUCUACAAUCCUGUUCCUGCGAGGACAACGUGACUAAGAAAAAAAAAAAAAAAAAAACUCUUCUAUUCCUUACUGGAGGUUAGGUUGUUUACAGACCACAUGGAUAAUUGUGGGUGCAGGUUAGUGUGGGGUUUUCGAGGGGGGGGGGGGGGGGGGGGGGGGGGGGGUGCUUACAAGUGCUCUUCUGCACUGUGGACAAUGAGUGGCAUGUUGUUUUUUUUGUUCGUUUUUUGAAGAGCAAUGAUAUAAUCUACAAUUUAACGGACAAAACGGAGCAUGAGGAGCGAGAAAUCAAAGAUUGUCUUCAUUUAGUCUCAACUUUUCUUUUUGAGAUGGAAUGUGUGGGUUACUUUUGUUUACCUGUUUUGUUUUUUUUCCUUAUCCAUUCUGCUAUCUUCUUCCAUUGUUUUUUUUAACUGCCUGUAGCUGAACAAGAGGAAGAUCAACUUUUUCUAUUGGUGGAAUUAAACAAAAUGAACGGUGUGGAUUUAGCUGGUACAUGGAAAUUGCAACAUCCUCGCUUUACCAAACAUGUUCUGGAUGCAGAGUUGAACACUUUUCUUCCCAGUUUCCUCUUUUUGCGAACCUGGAAAACAAAGAUGGACAAAUCAUCGUGGCGCUGACGAGAGAGAGAUAGGAGGAGCAAGGAAAGGACACUGUCAGGAUCGGAACUGUUCGUAUACAUAACCUCAAAUCUACCAUUCAUUUACAUGUGAUAGGACUGUGUAUAGGCAGGUCUUACCUUCCUUUUUUAGUUUCUCUUUUUGAACGAGGGGGGGGAGGAUGUUGGGCGUGCGGUUGGGUUGGUUACCCUGAGGAAAACAGAGGGGUGGCGGCAAGCGUGAGACAAGGGCCCCUUCUGCACCCUUCCCCCCCCCCCCCCCCUCACACACUCACUAUGCACUUGUGUUCAUUCAAGCUGUGAUGUUCCAUUGCAUUGUGGGAACCGGAGCAUUACAGCAAGAUGGUUAAUUGAGGAUGUGGACUUAAGUCAGUGUGUCUCACGAAAAACGAGAUGUAAAAAAAUAAAUAAAAUAAAAAACCUAUCAAAAACAAGUAUCCAGGGGGGAAUUGGACAAAGGGAGCGCCGUAAUACUGUUGACUGAAGACCACCUGGCCUCGCCCCCCCCCACUCCUCCUUGAGUAGAUAAACAUUAUUUUUGUAUUCCCUUGAGUGAGACCUCACUUGGGACUCCCACCGAUCCAGGAGGGCCUCCACACGGUGAAAGACUGAAUGGAUCAGAGGAGCAAGAGGGGACGAUCCUCAAGCAUACAAAAGUCUUGUUUUUUUAUUUUAUAUAUAUAUAUAUAUAUAUAUAUAUACUUGGGAGUUAUAUGAACUACUUGACUGGAUUUGUUUUAUACUCCCAUUGCCAGUCGUCCCGUCCCAAGAAACAGGGACAGGGAUGAGGGGUGGGGCUAGGGGUACAUGCAGCGACUCCCAAGACUGAACCAUGAUAGCGGGCGUUCAUCAACAUGGAUGCGCCCCCCGCCCCACCCCGCCCCGACUGGCAAAACAAACACCAAAAGAGGAGUCAGAGGAGAAGGGGAGGGAGAGCGUGGAUGGAGGGGAGCAGCUCUUUUCUCUGGAGCACCAUUUUACUACUGCGAUGGAGAACCAUGAUGUAAUGAUGAUGGUGAUGAUGGGUUCCUGCUGUUGCCUGCAGCUCUUUGCCGUGACGAAUCAGGAUCCACGACCUUUGACCUUCCAACUUUGAGAUCCGCCGUGCCGACCCUCCCGAGACCACGCGUCCGCAAUGCAUUCUGGGUGCAAGGGCUUUUCCCUCUACGUGCGCAGCGGUUGAGGGAGAGGCUGCCCCUUUGUGAGGCUUCCUCAGCAGCCACAGAGAGACGGACCUUUCAGGGGAGAACACGAAGGUCGCGUUGGCAUGGAUGACUCGUGACUGUAAGGGCCGCAAUUCAAGGCUGUUGCCCAGGAAUAGUGACUGGAACCUGGGGUGAAGGGGCAGGGUGGAGCCCCUUCCUUGGUGGAGAAUAAGACUUCUUCUCAAACACACACACACUCUCACACACACACACAAACACAUAGACAUGUUUACAUGUAGCAAAAAUGUGUAAAAUCAUUCCAAACAUGCACACAGAUAACAUUACAUACAGGUCCCUUUCCUGAACACUCUAAACACAGAUGUGUAAAAAGCUUACAACUCUCUCACACACACACACACACACACACACAUACUAUAUUAUACAUUUAGCAGGCCACAGUACCAUAUCCUUUGAGCCUUGUCUGCUUUGUAAAUAAUGUAAAAGUUGUGGUUUUUGUCCUGUGGGGAUUUGGGUCUAUUUCUUUCAGUUUGACUUGCCUUAACUGUACAGACUGUCCGCCUUGGUUGGCCAAUUCAAAAAGACGUUGGUUUUUGAUUGGAGGGGAGUGAAGGACAUAUUACCAAACAGCAUCUCUUAUUGGCUGACAAGGACUGCUGUGUGUUGUGUGACGUACUAGCAUUCAAAUUUACAUCUUCUAAAUGUGUUCACUGUAGUUCAAACAUUAACCAAAACAUAGAACAAUAGGCAAUCUCUGAUGAUGGUGAUGAUGAUGAUGGUUUGCCGUUUUAUUGUUUUUCGAGAUGUGCUGAUUCCCAGUUUGGAAUGCCUUCUACGUGUAGCUGCAGGUGCAGGAUGGGAGUAGUCUUCUGAUUGGAGCUGAGCUGAGCAGGAGGAGCUGAAUGAAAACACUGUACCCUCAUGUCAACUUAAAGAAGGGGUCAAACUUACUAGACUUGAGAGCCAUGAUAAUGUUUGUCUAGAUCAGCGGUUCUUAACCCGGUCCUCAGGGAACCCUGUCCUGAAUGUUGUAGAUGUUUCUUGGCUCCAACACACCUGAUUCAAAUGCAUGUUCGCUUCUACGGAGCUAGAUAACAACCCAUUCAUUUGAAUCAUGUGUGUUGGAGCAGGGAAACAUGUCUAACAUGCAGGACAGGGGUUCCCUGAGGACUAGGGUUAAGAACCACUGGUCUAGAUUCUACUAAACUGUUUGGAAAAAUGGGCUGAGGUUAUUGAGCACUGCUCGAAAUGACUGAGUUUGCCAUGAAUCAUUUUAAUAUUUAGAUCUGAGAGGAGUUGAUGGUUUUGUUCAAAAACACUUUAUUAAGUAUUUAUUCAUGGGGGCUCACUUAUGACAUUAAAUAGGUCAAAAUAUUGUGUUAUUUUUUUUCCAUCGAUGCAUUUGAUGAUGUUUGUCCUAGUGGGUAUUUGUGACAAGCAGCAAUUCAGUGUUUCUCCUGACACAUGAGUAGUAGAGUUGUAUUCUAUUUCCAACAUGUUUCUCAGAGCAGAUAGGAGACUUGGUCUGAAACGGUCGUGUUUGCAGUCGGUUGUGACGUCGAAGGGAGUUUGACCAUCAUUGUCAAGAUAAGUCUUUAGUGACUCACACAGUGGCACCCUAGUUUGAAGUGGGCUUUAGUUGUUUUUUCCUCGUAUAAAAAAAAAAUGCAGUCAUAUCUUUUAAGUACCAUACUCUGAACUGUCGUAUGUGCGUUUCAUUUUUUUAAAGGCGUCUUUGUUGUCGAAGAAGUCGGUAGUUAGCUGUCAGAAUGUCGUUUUUGUGUCAACACGCGGCAGGUCGUCUAGUCUCAAACUGUCAGAAUGAUCCUCUGGUUUCCCAGUCGCUCCCAUCAGAGUUCCGUCGGGAUUGUGUUGUCAUGGCAGCAAGGCCCCUAAGGAAUCCCAACAAAAGCUUUUGAUUGAUGUAUGAAUUCAUGAAAUGAAUGAAUAUCGACCAGUAGAUUUUGAUAAAAUGGAAAUGUACCCUCUUUUCCACCCCCAACCAGUCCGCUCAGCUCCAUUUGCUUUGAACUGUUUGAAUGUUUGUGAUAAUAGCAUACAUGUAACACAACAAAUGCAUUUGGGAAAAAGAACAACCUAAAGAAAAGUGUAAAUAGGUUUUUGUUUGUUUGAAGAUGAGAAAAAAAACAAUAAAAGAAGCAUUUAAACGUA